AUGUCCCACCACGGACACCCAGUCAUUGACAGCUCCGCGAGCAGUUCAAUGGCCAGUAUCGCGCAGCACCUGCCGCGGCUGACGGAGACAGGCGAGAUGAACCGCGCCCUCCCCAAAAUGCCGCUGCGCGUGCCGCAAAGGAACCCCCGUCGCAGCCUGCCGGCCGCCGUCGGCGGCGCACCGGCGUCCUACGUGCCGUCCAGAGACAGCGCCGCUCAUCUCUCCGAGCCCCCGACGCCCACCUCGCCGCCCCUCUCACCCUGCAAACUCACGGCCUCGGAGGCUGGCACCAGCGAGCUGCACAGCGCGCGGUGCUCGGUGGUGCAGCAAAAGAGGGCCCACGCGGAGCCACCCGGGGACGAAAAGGGGUGGAUCGACCACCGGCAGAGACGGUGCCGGUUCAUGAUUGUCGUCGGCGUCUUUACCGCCAUCGUGGCCGGCCUCACUGUCGGACUCGCCGUCGGCCUGGGCAAAGGCAACGCCCAGCCCAAUAGCCAGUCCUCCCCAGACGGCGCCGACAGCGCGGUUUUUCCCGCCGGCGCCUACAGCUUCGAGACGUACCUCCGCGCCAACAGCAGCGGCUGCACCUCGCGCGCCUCGUCCUGGCAGUGCUACCCCGAGACGUCGGCCUCAUCGCUGCGCGCCACCUUUUACUGGACGGUGCAGGGAGACGUCGGCGGCGCGCACCAUGACUACUACGUCACCGGCACCGAGGAGCCGUUCGGUCCGGCCUUUGCCAACCUGCCCGCGACGCUGCUCGACGUCAAGCAGCCGAGCGAGCGACUCUCGUUUGCAUUUGCGGCCAACAAGACGGUGGUGAUACCGGUGGCGGCCGGGGACGGGCGGGUGGCAAAUUGCACGUACCCGGGGACCGUGUUCCAGGCCACGCUGUGGACGCGCCGGCGCGGCGGGCAGGGGGUGAGCGCGCCGAGCCGGACGGCCCGCUACGCGCCGUGGCCGGGCGAGAUGGAGGUGGUGCAGUACAAGAACUCGACGAUUGGGGACCCCGUGUGCGUGGACAGGCAUGGGAAAGCCAUCGCCGACGUUCAGGCGGCGGGCGGGAGCUGCCUGUGUCGCUACACAAGCACGUCCAUGAGCUGA